UGAUAAGUUCUAUAAAUGCUUUAUGGUAAGCCUGUCCCCCAUUGCUGUCCUCGCGGCACUGUCUUCAACAUUGACAAGGAGGAAUGCGACUGGCCCUCAAAUGUCGAAUGUGGUGACAGAGGCUUUGUGCCGGAUGAAGAGAAUGAAUGUCUUCAAAACAACGACAAUGGUGGUAGCGGCGGUGACAGCGACGACGAGGACGAGGGUGAUCUAGGCCCAUGCAACUGUGAUCCUAGCGAAGCGCCGAGCAUCUGCAAAGCUCCAGGAUCCGAGGGAGUCUUCGUCGCUCAUGAGUACUGCAAUCACUUUUAUAAAUGUAAUCAUGGCAGACCAGUCGCAAUGAAAUGUGCUCCUAACACACUUUAUAAUCCGUAUAAGCGAGAUUGUGUCUGGGCGCAUGAGGUAGAAUGCGGUGACAGAAUAAUACCCGAAGAUGAAAGCGGCGACAGUAAUGAAAACAAUGGCGGUGAAAAUGACGUUGACGACCAGGGUCCAUUCAACUGUGACCCUGCGGAAGCACCCAAAAUAUGCUCAGUCGUUGGUUCCGAUGGAAUUCUGGUAGCGCACGAGUGCGAUAAAUUUUAUAUUUGCAACCACGGUAGACCAUUCCCAAUGGACUGUCCGCCACAUACAUUAUACAAUCCGUAUAUAAAAAGAUGCGACGAACCGAGAAAUGUUGACUGCGGUGAUAGAAUAGAUCCCAACUGUAUAUGUGAAAGUGGUGCAGUUAGCGGUGAAUGCAACGGAAAUAAUGAAGACAGCGAUAACGGCUCUGGAGAAAGCGGUGGCUCUGGAGGAAGCGGCGGUGCUGGAGGAGGUGGCGGCUCUGGAGGCAGCGGUGGUUCUGGAGGAAGCAAUGGCUCUGAUGGAAGUAACGGUUCUGAUGGAAGCCACGGAUCAGAUGGAAGCGGUGGCGCUGGAGGAGGUGGUGGCUCUGGAGGAGGUGGUGGCGCUGGAGGAGGCGGCGGCGCUGGAGGAGGUGGCGGUUCUGGAGGAAGCGGCGGCUCUGGAGGAGGUGGCGGUUCUGGAGGAAGCGGUGGCUCUGGAGGAGGUGGCGGUUCUGGAGGAAGCGGUGGCUCUGGAGGAGGUGGCGGUUCUGGAGGAAGCGGUGGCUCUGGAGGAGGUGGCGGUUCUGGAGGAAGCGGUGGUUCUGGAGGAGGUGGCGGUUCUGGCGGAAGCGGUGGUUCUGGAGGAAGCGGUGGCUCUGGUGGAAGCGGUGGCGCUGGAGGAGGCGGUGGCUCUGGAGGAAGCGGUGGCUCUGGUGGAAGCGGUGGCGCUGGAGGAGGCAGUGGCUCUGGAGGAGGAGGAGGUGGAUCUGGAGGUGGCAGCGGCUCUGGAGGCGGGUCCAGUUGCAAUUGUAAUCCUGCUGAAGCACCAAGUAUCUGUGGUCAGAAUGGAUCUGAUGGAGUUCUUGUAGCUCAUGAAAAUUGUAACCUUUAUAAAUGCGCCCACGGCAUACCAGUAGUCCAAACUUGUUUCAGUGGACUGUUUUAUAAUCCUCACACCGAACAAUGUGACUGGCCUCAUGAGGUUGAUUGUGGAGAUAGAGUAAUUCCUGGUAAUGGCGGUGGCUCCGGAGGAGGCGGUGGCUCUGGAGGAAGCGGUGGCUCUGGAGGAGGCGGUGGCUCUGGAGGAAGCGGUGGCUCUGGAGGAAGCGGUGGCUCUGGAGGAAGCGGUGGCGCUGGAGGAGGCGGUGACUCUGGAGGGAGCGGUGGCUCUGGAGGAGGCGCCGGUGCCGGAGGAGGUGGCGGCUCUGGUGGAAGCGGUGGCGCUGGCGAAGGCGGCGGCUCUGGAGGCGGAUCCAAUUGCAAUUGCAAUCCUGCUGAAGCACCAAGUAUCUGUGGUCAGAACGGAUCUGAUGGAGUCCUUGUAGCUCAUGAAAAUUGUAACCAGUUUUAUAAAUGCGCCCACGGCAUACCAGUAGUCCAAACUUGUUUCAGUGGACUCUUUUAUAAUCCUCACACCGAACAAUGUGACUGGCCUCAUGAGGUUGAUUGUGGAGAUAGAGUAAUUCCUGGUAAUGGCGGUGGCUCCGGAGGAGGCGGUGGCUCUGGAGGCAGCGGUGGCGCUGGAGGAGGCGGUGGCUCUGGAGGAAGCGGUGGCGCUGGAGGAGGCGGUGGAUCUGGAGGAAGCGGUGGAGCUGAGGGAGGCGGCGGCUCUGGAGGCGGCGGAGGUUCGGGAGGAAGCAACGGCUCUGAUGGAAGUGGCGGUUCUGAUGGAAGCAACGGUUCAGAUGGAAGCGGCGGCUCUGGAGGAAGCGGUGGCUCUGGAGGAAGCGGAGGUUCUGGAGGAAGCGGUGGCUCUGGAGGCGGCGGAGGUUCUGGAGGAAGCAACGGCUCUGAUGGAAGUGACGGUUCUGAUGGAAGCAACGGUUCAGAUGGAAGCGGCGGCUCUGGAGGAAGCGGCGGCUCCGGAGGAAGCGGCGGUUCUGGAGGAGGCGGCGGUGCCGGAGGAGGCGGCGGCUCUGGAGGCGGAUCCAGUUGCAAUUGCAAUCCUGCUGAAGCAGCAAGUAUCUGCGGUCAGAAUGGAUCUGACGGAGUCCUAGUGGCGCACGAAAUCUGUAACCAAUUCUACCAUUGUGAUCAUGGGAAAGCCAUAGCCAAGAACUGCCCUGUAGGCACAUUAUAUAAUCCUUACAUUGAACAGUGCGACUGGCCAGAAAAUGUUGAUUGUGGAGAUAGAGUAAUUCCUGGUCAUGGCGGUGGCUCCGGAGGAGACGGUGGCUCUGGAGGAAGUGGUGGCGCUGGAGGAGGCGGUGGCUCUGGAGGAAGCGGUGGCGCUGGAGGAGGCGGUGGCUCUGGAGGAAGCGGUGGCGCUGGAGGAGGCGGUGGCUCUGGUGGAAGCGGUGGCGCUGGAGGAGGCGGUGGCUCUGGAGGCAGCGGAGGUUCUGGAGGAAGCAACGGCUCUGAUGGAAGUGACGGUUCUGAUGGAAGCAACGGUUCAGAUGGAAGCGGCGGCUCUGGAGGAAGCGGCGGCUCUGGAGGAAGCGGUGGCUCUGGAGGAGGCGGCGGCUCUGGAGGCGGAUCCAGUUGCAAUUGCAAUCCUGCUGAAGCACCAAGUAUCUGUGGUCAGAACGGAUCUGAUGGAGUCCUUGUAGCUCAUGAAAAUUGUAACCAGUUUUAUAAAUGCGCCCACGGCAUACCAGUAGUCCAAACUUGUUUUAGUGGACUCUUUUAUAAUCCUCACACCGAACAAUGUGACUGGCCUCAUGAGGUUGAUUGUGGAGAUAGAGUAAUUCCUGGUAAUGGCGGUGGCUCCGGAGGAGGCGGUGGCUCUGGAGGAAGUGGUGGCGCUGGAGGAGGCGGUGGCUCUGGAGGAAGCGGUGGCGCUGGAGGCGGCGGAGGUUCUGGAGGAAGCAACGGCUCUGAUGGAAGUGACGGUUCUGAUGGAAGCAACGGUUCAGAUGGAAGCGGCGGCUCUGGAGGAAGCGGCGGCUCGGGAGGAAGCGGUGGCUCUGGAGGAAGCGGUGGCGCUGGAGGAGGCGGUGGCUCUGGAGGGAGCGGUGGCUCUGGAGGAGGCGCCGGUGCCGGAGGAGGUGGCGGCUCUGGUGGAAGCGGUGGCUCUGGAGGAGGCGGCGGCUCUGGAGGAGGCGGCGGCUCUGGAGGAGGCGGUGGCUCUGGAGGCGGAUCCAGUUGCAAUUGCAACCCUGCUGAAGCAGCAAGUAUCUGCGGUCAGAAUGGAUCUGACGGAGUCCUUGUGGCGCACGAAAACUGUAACCAAUUCUACCAUUGUGAUCAUGGGAAAGCCAUAGCCAAGAACUGCCCUGUAGGUACAUUAUAUAAUCCUUACAUUGAACAGUGCGACUGGCCAGAAAAUGUUGAUUGUGGAGAUAGAGUAAUUCCUGGUAAUGGCGGUGGCUCCGGAGGAGGCGGUGGCUCUGGAGGAAGUGGUGGCGCUGGAGGAGGCGGUGGCUCUGGAGGAAGCGGUGGCGCUGGAGGAGGCGGUGGCUCUGGAGGAGGCGGUGGCUCUGGAGGAAGCGGUGGCGCUGGAGGAGGCGGUGGCUCUGGAGGCGGCGGAGGUUCUGGAGGAAGCAACGGCUCUGAUGGAAGUGACGGUUCUGAUGGAAGCAACGGUUCAGAUGGAAGCGGUGGCUCUGGAGGAAGCGGUGGCUCUGGAGGAAGCGGUGGCUCUGGAGGAAGCGGUGGCGCUGGAGGAGGCGGUGGCUCUGGAGGCGGCGGAGGUUCUGGAGGAAGCAACGGCUCUGAUGGAAGUGACGGUUCUGAUGGAAGCAAUGGUUCAGAUGGAAGCGGUGGCUCUGGAGGAAGCGGUGGCUCUGGAGGAAGCGGUGGCUCUGGAGGAAGCGGUGGCUCUGGAGGAAGCGGUGGCUCUGGAGGAGGCGGUGGCUCUGGAGGAAGCGGUGGCGCUGGAGGAGGCGGUGGCUCUGGAGGCGGCGGAGGUUCUGGAGGAAGCAACGGCUCUGAUGGAAGUGACGGUUCUGAUGGAAGCAAUGGUUCAGAUGGAAGCGGUGGCUCUGGAGGAAGCGGUGGCUCUGGAGGAAGCGGUGGCUCUGGAGGAAGCGGUGGCUCUGGAGGAAGCGGUGGCUCUGGAGGAAGCGGUGGUUCUGGGGGAGGGGGUGGUUGUCCCGACGAUCCUAGCUUAGCUCCUGAUAUAUGUGGUGCCCCUGACUCUAAUGGAUUACUAGUUGCGCACGAACGCUGCGAUAAAUUCUUCAUGUGUAGUGGUGGUAGACCAAUUGUAGUUACUUGCCCCCCUGAUAUGCCCUUGUUCAAUCCUAACAUUGGCGCAUGUGACGAGGCCUUAAAUGUGGAUUGCGGGAACAGGGUUAUCCCUGAUGAUAGUAUCAAUGAUGAUGACUGUAACUGCAGAUUCACAGGGGUUUCGUUGUGUGCAUCCCCCAGGAACACACGGCAUGAAUGUUCCUCACGAAAAUUGUAACCAAUUCUAUACUUGCGUUCAUGGCAAUGCAGUAGAGAACACUUGUCCUCACAAUUUACUUUACGAUCCGAUAAAACAAGUUUGCGAAUGGCCUAUGUUUAUUGACUGUGAGGGAAGAAAUAGACCAACGUCGUUCAUGUCUCUCAACAAACAUUUGGAGGCGCGAUACCGUUUAUUCUGAAGUUACUGGUACCCUGCAAUUAGUUACUCGUUAUUAGAGUACCAUAGAUUUUCUACUUCGCAUUGUUCGGUAUGCAUGUUAGUACUAAGAUUUAAAGGCUGUGAGGUUCUGUAAUGAACUUUAAUUCGCAGGAGAGCUUUUGUAUAUUUUAACGCCUGUAUUCAUAAAUGUUAUUUAUCUAAGGAUGGAGCAUUGCUAUGAUAACAAAUCUGAAUACGGGCGUAAGCAUUUUAAUAUGUGAAUUUAUUAUAUAUUUUGAACAAAUAAAUGAAUGAAUCGAACAAA